GCCUCUCUAACUGCGCGUAUGUCCAGGAAAUGGCGGCUGUAUAGCCGACAACAGACAGUACUCUCGGAUUCGUUCUCUUGUGCUUCGGGGAGGACGAAUUACGACGCGACGUAAGGUCAACACCAGGCGAGCCUGACGACGAUGGCAAUGUCGAAUCUCUACUCCAAGAUCUCCACCAAGCCGAUGAAGCGUUUUCAGGACAACGUCGCGGUCAAACAGACUAAUGCCUGGAUGAACGCGGAAUCUCCAAGCAAUACAUCAGAUUCACCACCCUCGGUUAGUCCACUUUCUUCAUCCAUCGUAUUACAACGCGAAGGAAGCAAUGCAAUAAAUCAACCAUUGAGUGCUCCCGCAUCGCCUUUGUCUUCUUUAUCGUCACCUAUAACGCAAUUAAAUUUGCCAUCACCUGGGGACUGCACUCAAGAUCCUAAUUGGCAAGCAACAAAACCUACAGUCCGGGAACGGAAUGCGGCCAUGUUUAAUAAUCAUCUCAUGGCCGAUAUCAUAUUUAUUGUUGGCAGUCCAGGCCACACACAAACUAUACCAGCACAUAAAUAUGUUCUUGCUACUGGUAGUUCUGUAUUUUAUGCCAUGUUCUAUGGAGGGUUGCCAGAAAACAAAAGAGAUAUUGAAGUUCCUGAUGUUGAACCAGCUGCCUUUCUCGCGCUAUUAAGGUACAUGUACUGCGACGAAGUGCAAUUGGAAGCGGAUACGGUUCUGGCCACAUUGUACGUAGCGAAAAAAUAUAUAGUUCCGCACUUAGCACGAGCGUGCGUGAAUUAUUUGGAAACGAGUCUGACGGCGAAGAACGCGUGUUUACUUUUGAGCCAGUCUCGCCUGUUCGAAGAACCUAAUCUUAUGCAACGUUGUUGGGAGGUGAUCGACGCACAAGCAGAAAUGGCAUUAAGAUCUGACGGUUUUGUGGACAUUGACAUUCAUACACUCGAAUCUGUCUUAUCUCGAGAGACGCUAAACUGCAAAGAAAUCCAUAUAUGGAAUGCUGCUUUACGAUGGGCUUCCGCGGAAUGUAUACGGCAAGAUCUCGAGCCUACACCAGUCAAUCAAAGGCAACUAUUAGGGUCUGCUUUGUAUUUAAUUAGACUUCCUGCUAUGAAUCUGGAGGAGUUUGCAAACAAUGCCGCACAGAUAGGAAUUCUAACGCAUCAAGAGACAAUUGAUUUAUUUUUGCACUUUACGGCCAGUAACAAGCCACAACUUUGUUUCCCUAUUAAAGCUCGUCAAGGACUAAAAACUCAAGUUUGCCAUCGAUUUCAAUCUUGCGCUUACAGAUCGAAUCAAUGGCGAUACAGAGGGCGCUGCGAUUCGAUUCAAUUUAGCGUCGAUAAGAGAAUAUUUGUGGUAGGUUUCGGUUUAUAUGGGAGCUCCUCCGGCGCCGCGGAUUACAACGUCAAGAUAGAGCUGAAGAGGCUCGGGAACGUCUUGGCAGAGAACAACACCAAGUUCUUCUCAGACGGUUCGAGCAAUACGUUUCACGUGUACUUUGAAAAUCCGAUACAAAUAGAACCGGAAUGCUCGUACACGGCGAGUGCAAUAUUGGAUGGUGGAGAAUUGAGCUUCUUCGGCCAAGAGGGUAUGUCGGAAGCGACAAUCGGUAGCGUGAACUUUCAAUUUCAAUGCAGCUCCGAGAGCACCAACGGCACCGGGGUGCAAGGCGGACAAAUCCCCGAAUUGAUUUUUUACGGACCGCCUUCCGACGACUGACGGAAAACGGAAUAUAUAUAGUUUAAUUAAUUAAUACUUUGCGACGAAAAAAAAAAAAA